GCGAAGAGUGAAUGAACUAAUGGAGUCCAAAGGUGGCAAGAAGAAGUCUAGUAGUAGUAAGUCCUUAUUUUAUGAAGCUCCCCUCGGUUACAGCAUUGAAGACAUCCGUCCUGCCGGUGGAAUCAAGAAGUUCAGAUCUGCUGCUUACUCCAACUGUGCGCGGAAACCAUCCUGAGAUUACCGGAGUUUUGACAUAAACUUUAGGAUUUUCAUACUGCUAAAAUUGCUGUAGUCUUUUCUUUCUUUUCUACUUCACUUGUUCCCUCAUCCUCCUCCGUUUGUGCAACUUGAUUUGCUUUCCUUGAGAAAAAAUGGCCUCCUUGCCAGUCUCUGCAAUUGGAUUUGAAGGUUAUGAAAAGAGGCUUGAGGUAUCUUUCUUUGAGCCAGGCAUUUUUGCUGAUCCUGGGGGCAUGGGCCUCCGUACUCUGUCAAAAUCUCAAUUGGAUGAGAUUCUAGGACCAGCUGAAUGCACCAUUGUUGCUUCUCUGUCAAAUGAUUACGUUGAUUCUUAUGUCCUCUCUGAAUCUAGCCUUUUUGUGUAUCCUUACAAAGUUAUUAUCAAAACUUGCGGGACCACAAAAUUGCUUCUCUCCAUUCCAGCCAUCCUUAAAUUGGCUGAAGCUCUAUGUCUUACAGUGAAAUCUGUGAGAUACACUCGUGGAAGCUUUAUUUUUCCUGGAGCUCAGCCAUCUCCACAUCGGAGCUUCUCAGAAGAAGUAGCUGUUCUUGAUAGCUAUUUUGGCAAGCUCGGUUUGGGCAGCAAGGCACAUGUGAUUGGUUGUCCUGAAAAAUCACAGAAAUGGCAUGUUUACUCUGCUUCUGCAGAAUUGGCGCAACAGCCAAGCCCUGUUUACACUCUAGAGAUGUGCAUGAUCGGUUUGGACAGAAAGAGGGCAUCAGUUUUCUACAAAACAAAUGCAGCUUCAGCAGCUCUGAUGACUGAGGAUUCUGGUAUCAGGAAGAUUCUUCCUCAAUCUGAGAUAUGUGACUUUGAGUUUGACCCUUGCGGGUACUCCAUGAAUGCUAUUGAAGGUGCUGCAAUUUCUACAAUCCAUGUUACACCAGAAGAUGGUUUCAGUUAUGCAAGUUUUGAAGCAGUUGGAUAUGAUUUUGAAGAUGUGAAUUUGACCCAGAUGAUCGAGAGGGUUUUGGCUUGCUUUGAACCUACUGUGUUCUCCAUUGCUCUGCAUGCUGAUAGUGCUGAAAUGGAACUUGGAACCAAGUUCCCUCUGGAUUUGAAGGAAUACCAUUGUGGAGAAAAGAGCUGUGAUGUGCUUGGAUUGGGUGGUGGGUCUCUCACCUAUUACAGCUGUGUCAGGGCUGAAAGCUGUGCAUCUCCUAGAUCAAUCCUCAAAUGCUGCUGGAGCGAGGACGAGAAGGAUGAGGAAGUUGAAAAGAACUAGUUAUAUAUGUUUUAUUUGUUGCUGAAUAAAAGUUGUGGGGUUUAUGUUAGUAUUCUCUAAUCUCUAUGUGGUUUAUCAUUAUAUGUCGCUGCAUGGUCCUCCGCUGUCUUUAAAUUGUGUAAUGGAUGUUGAUUCCCUGUUCUGGGUAGUGUUGAACCAAGUGUUUUUAAUAUUAUAGUUACCUAUUUGUGCUGGGAUUAUCUUA